AUGGAUGAUUAUAACAAUCCAUCAGAAAUGUCACCUCAGAACAUUCUUCAACCCUCUGAUCUCAGAGCAUCCGUUCCUAUUAUGAAUUCGAAGCUUAAUGAUGAUAUUUCCGCCACUGACUUUACACAAACCUCGGUACAACCUCGUAACAUUGUCGAGCCUAAGAGGAAAAAGCGUGCAACAGACGCUGGAGUAUUGUUAGCAAUACCUCCACCCAUUUAUUAUCCUGACCUGAAAAAGAGUACAAUAACAACAAAAUCAAGUACUGCACGCACUCCAGAUCCAGUUAGAAGCUGGACAUCAUUUGUCGAAAAAGUUGAAUCUCAUGAGUUUGAUAAAACUCUUAAACAAGGUAAGAAACCAGAUUUUCGUCAAUAUGAUGAUGUAGAUGAUAUCUCAAACGAAGAGGAUGUGAGACAGGCAUUGUCCGUGAAUAUGUUUGAAAAUCUUAAUAAUAUUACAGUUUCACGCCAACCAAGAGAGAAAUUCAAGAGAAUUUCGACAGAGGAUAAUGUUAAGGGAGAGCCGGACUUCAUUUACAAACAACGUGAUAAAUUAUUGUUAGCGGUUGAGGUUAAGACUUUUUGGGUAUUAAACUUAAAGGUUUGUGAAUCACUUGCUGAAAAAUAUGAAGAUGAUAUUGAGAGAAAAUAUAGCAGAACAAUACCACCAAACUCUGGCAAAGAAAUUUCUGUCGUGGAUAUUUUACGUCAGGUUUUUGGGUAUUUGGUCGUCAAUAAUUUGCAGUAUGGAGUUCUCUCAACGUAUAAUCAAAGCUGGUUCCUCCGAAGACCCAAGUAUGAGCCACGUGCUCUUGAAAUUUCCCCCACAAUAGAUGUACGGUCACGGCAUCCCACAUUAUUUCAGUGCUACGCUUUUGUGCAGCAUCUAGCAAGGGUAGAUACCAAUUCCCCUAGUCCAGGACCAACGCCGCCAUCAUCACCACCACCAAGUGAUGAUGACAGUUUUGAAAGUUCUGAUAAUAAUAUAGACUCAGGAUCUGAUUAUGAAGAAUCUUUAAAUUCUAAACAAAAACGAAAACGAAGAUCUAAAGGAAGAUAA